AUGGAGCAUGGGAACCUCACAUGGGUGAGGGAAUUCAUGCUGCUGAGGCUAUUCGAGGCCCACAAGCCCCAGCUCUUCCUCUUCCUCCUCUUCUACAUACUCAUCCUCCCAGGCAAUGUCCUCAUCAUCCUCACCAUCCGGAGUGACCCCUGCUGGGGCUCCCCAAUGUAUUUCCUGCUGGCCAGCCUGGCCUUCCUGGACAUUUGCUACUGCUCUGUUACUCCCCUAAAGAUGCUGGCUGACUUAUUCUCCCAUCGCAAGACCAUCUCCUACGGGGGCUGCAUGGCCCAGCUCUUCUUCAUCCACUUCCUGGGGGCUGCUGAGAUCUUCCUGCUGAUUAUUAUGGCCUAUGAUCAUUAUGUGGCCAUCUGUAAACCUUUGCACUAUGCCAGCAUUGUGAGCAGGAGGGUCUGCUGUGCCCUAGUGGGGGCUGCCUGGGUGGGGGGCUUCAUGCACUCCAUAGUCCAGGUGGCUCUGACCAUCAGGUUGCCCUUCUGCGGCCCGAACAAGCUGGACAACUUUUUCUGCGAUGUGCCUCAGGUGAUCAAGCUGGCCUGCACGGACACCUAUGUGGUGGAGAUCUUGAUGUUCUCCAACAGCGACCUGGUCACCUUAGUGUGCUUUGUCCUCCUCCUCAUGUCCUACACCAUCCUGCUGGUCAAGCUCAGGAAUCAAUCCCUCUGUGGGAAGAGCAAAGCAGCCUCCACCUGUGUCACCCACAUCAUCAUGGUCUUCAGAAGAGGCCUCACCAAUCUCAAAAAGAGGGAAUGA